AUGGGGCUAGGGUUACUAGCUUCACGGGUACUCAGACCCCGCGCUAACCCCAGGAAUCUCUUCCUCCUCCGCUCCAUCGUCACCAAGCCCGAGCUCCAAUCUCCCGAGGCUGCCGCAGCGGCCGCGCCAGAGCCGACUCCAGAUCUCCCGCCUCGGAACCCGGUGGGCGGGGCCCGGGUUCACUUCCCCAAUCCCGCGGACGCCAUCGAGGUGUUCGUCGAUGGGUAUCCAGUCAAAAUCCCCAAGGGGAUGACGGUUCUGCAGGCUUGUGAAAUCGCCGGGGUUGAUAUCCCGAGGUUCUGUUACCACAGCCGUCUCUCGAUCGCAGGGAACUGCAGAAUGUGUCUUGUUGAGGUUGAGAAGUCCCCAAAGCCUGUCGCCUCCUGUGCCAUGCCUGCUCUUCCUGGGAUGAAAAUUAAAACAGACACUCCUUUGGCGAAGAAGGCACGUGAAGGGGUGAUGGAAUUCUUGUUGAUGAAUCAUCCUUUGGAUUGCCCAAUCUGUGAUCAAGGUGGAGAAUGCGAUCUUCAAGAUCAGUCCAUGGCUUUUGGAUCUGAUCGAGGCAGGUUCACUGAAAUGAAGCGGUCUGUGGUUGAUAAGAAUUUAGGUCCUCUGGUCAAGACUGUUAUGACUCGAUGCAUACAGUGUACAAGGUGUGUCAGGUUUGCAACUGAAGUUGCUGGUUCUCAGGAUCUUGGCAUGUUAGGUCGUGGCAGUGGAGAAGAAAUUGGGACUUACGUUGAGAAGCUAAUGACCAGUGAACUCUCUGGAAAUGUUAUAGAUAUAUGUCCUGUUGGUGCUCUUACAUCAAAGCCUUUCGCAUUUAAAGCCAGGAAUUGGGAACUAAAGGGAACCGAGAGCAUUGAUGUUAGUGAUGCAGUCGGAUCCAACAUCCGGAUAGAUAGCAGAGGUCCAGAAGUUAUGCGCAUUCUCCCGAGGUUGAAUGAGGAAAUAAAUGAAGAAUGGAUAUCGGAUAAAACUAGGUUCUCUUAUGAUGGUUUGAAGAGGCAGAGACUUAAUGAUCCAAUGAUCCGGGGGUCUGAUGGUCGCUUUAAAACUGUUAGCUGGCGAGAUGCCUUAGCCGUGGUUGCUGAGGUGAUCCAUCAGGUUAAACCAGAAGAAAUUGUUGGGAUUGCUGGCCAGCUAUCUGAUGCUGAAUCCAUGAUGGUGCUGAAAGAUUUCUUGAACAAAAUGGGGUCAAAUAAUGUUACAUGUGAAGGAAAUGGUCCUAGUCCAGUUGCUGAUCUCCGAUCUGGAUACAUCAUGAACACUGGUAUAAGUGACCUUGAAAAGGCGGAUGCUUUCCUCCUGGUUGGCACUCAGCCAAGGGUAGAAGCUGCCAUGGUAAAUGCCAGAAUCCGCAAGACCGUCAGAGCAAACAAUGCCAAAGUCGGUUACAUUGGCCAACCUACCGAAUUCAACUACGAUUGUCAGCAUCUCGGGACAGGCCCAGAGACCCUAGUCGAAAUUGCUGAGGGACGACAUCCAUUCUCCUCGACAAUAAAAAACGCCAAAAACCCAGCUAUAGUUGUGGGUGCAGGUCUCUUCGAUAGACAAGACAAGGAAGCCAUAUUCGCCACAGUCGAGAACAUUGCCACCAGCUUCAAUGUAAUUAGACCAGACUGGAAUGGAUUCAAUGUCUUGCUCCUCAACGCCGCCCAAGCUGCCGCUCUCGAUCUUGGGCUGGUCCCACAGUCGACUGACGGAAUCAAGUCUGCCAAGUUUGUCUAUCUAAUGGGUGCUGAUGACGUGAACCUGGAUGAAAUCCCAAAAGACGCAUUUGUCGUUUAUCAGGGUCACCAUGGUGACAAGAGUGUGUACUGUGCCAACGUAAUCCUCCCUGCAUCAGCAUUUUCUGAGAAGGAAGGAACGUAUGAGAACACCGAAGGAUGCUCGCAGCAGACUUUGGCAGCAGUCCCCACAGUUGGUGAUGCAAGAGAUGACUGGAAGAUCAUUCGCGCAUUGUCUGAAGUUGCUGGAGCCCCCUUGCCCUACGAUACAGCUGGGGGUGUUAGGUCACGAAUUAGGAUGGUUGCACCAAAUCUCUUGAGCUUGGACGAGAGAGAGCCCGCGACGUUUGGGCCAUCACUGAAACCUGAGGUUAAGGAGAAGGUGAGCUCCACUCCGUUUAAGGCCGCUGUGGACAAUUUCUACAUGACCAACUCCAUUACUAGGGCUUCGAAGAUCAUGGUGCAGUGCAGCUCCCAGUUGCUGAAGAAGUGA